UAUCAAAACGGUUUCAGUGCGUGUUGUAAAAAAUUUCGAGAGGAGAGACUGAAUUUUUGAAAUUUCUUAGUAUUUCGAUGCAACACUUUGGUGAGCAGACUUCUAGGUUAAGUUAUUCCCCGGAUUACCAUGAUUACAAGGAAAAUGAUUUCGUGGAGAACGAACAGACGGAGGGAUCUGACGAAGAAAUUCAAGGAUGGGAUGUGUUUAAAAUUUUUCCACCAAAGUUGAAAACAGGGUCGAAGGCUGAUACAACGUUUUUCGAUGUCACGGCUCGAGUCACAAAAUUAUUGACAUACUUUGUUCUUUUCGCUCUGAUUUUGGGAGGUGGAAUAGUUGCUAAAAUGUCGAUAAUUUUUGCAGUUGCACAAAUAAAAAACGACACUCGGGUUGAUUUUUGCGAUUUCAACGAUGCUGUCGGAAAACCUUCCGGAAGAAAUUUUUCAGCUUCGGUGCCAGAAAAUUAUCGUGUUGAAUGGUACUGGUGCAUCGUCUUGGGAUUCGCCAGUUCCGAAAUAUUGGGAUUGAUAAACGGCAUUUAUUUGUCGCUAUUCAAAAAACAAGUCGUUCCACGCGCCGUCGAUAUUCUUAUCCUCCUCGUGAUCGAAACUUUUCAUACCGUUGGACUUGCUUUGUUGUUUUUUCUUGUGUUGCCGGAACUAAAUUCGAUUCAGACUGUCACUGUAAGCAGCACCACUUGCCUGAUCCCAGGAUUUCUGGCCAUACUCUUCCGCAACAGACAAAAUUACCCUCGUAGCAAAUCGAUCUUCUUAUUCGUCGGUGACAUUGUUGCAACUUUAUGCCAACUUUGUGGCAUCUUCAUCUGGUUACUUCCGGAUGCGAACGUAAAGAUGACGGAUUCGGCGCGAUACACGCUUCCGCUGGCGCUGCUGCUCGUUUCUUGUCGUUGGUGGGGGAACCAUGUCUCUGCACACAAUACUUUUGGUAUUUAUAAUCAUCCUUUCAAUUCUAUCCAAUCGAAUUAGCCGCAGAAUUUGUACGAUUAACUUUUAAGGGGGUGUCUGGAAUUAGAAUUGGCUAAAAUCUCAUUUAAAAAAAAUGGUUUUUGUAGAAGGGAAAUUUAAUUAAUUGGGGGUAUUGAAUUUUGGGGAUGGGUUUAUACAUAUUUGGCAAAUACAAAAUAAAUACUUCUGCGGAAAAUCGACGGGAAAGUACCAGCUCGUAAUUUUUUACGGAAAUAAAAAACCAGAAAAGAACUGACUUUAUUAUAAAUUUUUCUUCUGGGUUAGCUAAAAACAGGCAGAAAAAGAUGAUGUGAAAUCAAAAAUUUAGGCAGGUUCACAAAAAAAUUGUGUUAACAAAAAACCAACCUUAAGGUGCUAUAACAAUUAUUCAAAUAAUCUUUUUGACAAAGUUUUUCGGUUGACUCAGAAAAAAAUUAAAUACUGAAUAAAAAAAAAUGUU